UAGGUUUGCAGGUACGCUCGGUGAAGGAGCUCAUUUGCACGCUGGCUUUGGAGCGAAUUGCACACACACGUUUUGAAAGUAAGAGGGUAUCCGUGGGCAGCUGCUGAAGAACCCAGUCACUUAGGGGGGAAAGACCACAUACAGCCGCCAAGAUGUGUGACAUGGGGGGACUGGAUAACCUGGUGGCCAACACGGCCUACCUAAAAGCCCAGGGUGGUGAUGACAAGGAGAUGAAAAAGCGCCGUCGGAGCUUGUCUCUCCCCAAGCCUGAACAAUGUGCUGCAGUACGAAGUUCCAUCGAGAAGGACUUUACGUCAAUUUGUGAACGGCAGCCUGUUGGCAAAAAGUUUUUCCGCGAGUUCCUUGCAAGUAAAGCAGAGUUUAAGCUGGCUGCUGAUUUCCUGGAUGAGUUUUAUGACUGGGAUCUGGCUGAAGGUCCAUCGAAAGACAAGGCACGCACAGCCAUCAUCAACAAAUACUGCAAGCCCGACUCCAAGAACUUCAUGUCCUUUCUUACUGGAGAGCCUCUGGAGAAAUGCAAGUCAGUCACAGAUGCCAACUUUGAAGAGGUGAUGAAAAGCAAGGUCCAGGAAGGUGUAAGAGAGUACCUGAAAGACAAACCCUUCACAGAAUUCCAGGCCAGCCCAUUCUUUGAUAAAUUCCUCCAGUGGAAAGAGUAUGAGAAACAGCCCAUCAGUGACAAAUACUUCUAUGAGUUCAGAACUCUGGGAAAAGGAGGCUUCGGAGAGGUAUGUGCUGUUCAGGUCAAGAACACAGGCCAGAUGUAUGCCUGCAAGAAGUUGUGUAAAAAGCGACUGAAGAAGAAGGGCGGUGAGAAGAUGGCCCUGCUGGAGAAGAAGAUCUUAGAGAAGGUCAACAGCCUGUUUCUGGUCAACUUGGCCUACGCUUAUGACACCAAGACCCACCUGUGCCUUGUCAUGACCCUGAUGAAUGGAGGAGACCUCAAGUACCACAUUUACAACAUAGGCUAUGAUGGUAAGGGUGUGGACAAAGGCAUUGAGAUGAAGCGCAUUAUCCACUACACAGCACAGAUCACCACUGGCAUUCUCCAUCUGCACGCCAUGGAUAUUGUAUAUCGUGAUAUGAAGCCGGAGAAUGUGUUGCUGGACAGCCAAGGCCAGUGUCGACUUUCUGAUUUGGGUCUGGCCAUAGAGAUCACUCCAGACAAGACUGUCACCCAGAUGGCUGGUACCGGAGCCUACAUGGCCCCUGAGAUCCUGAGCAAAACUCCGUACAGGACAUCAGUGGACUGGUGGGCCCUUGGCUGCAGUAUCUAUGAGAUGGUGGCCGGCUACACACCGUUCAAAGGCCCUGACAGCAAAAAGGAGAAGGUGGAGAAGGAGGAGGUUCAGCGCCGUAUUCUCAAUGAGGAGCCAAAGUGGGAGCACAAGUGCUUCGAUGCACCCACCAAAGAUAUCAUCCAGCAGUUCCUCAAGAAAAAAAUUGAGGAGCGACUGGGCAUGAAGAACAACAUGGAGGAUCCCAGGAAGCAUGAGUGGUUCAAGGCCAUUAACUUUCCCCGGCUGGAGGCAGGGCUGGUGGAUCCUCCUUGGGUCCCCAAGCCCAACGUUGUCUAUGCCAAGGACACCGGUGACAUAGCAGAGUUCUCUGAGAUCAAGGGCAUUGAGUUUGACGCCAAGGAUGACAAGUUCUUUAAGGAGUUCGCCACCGGUGCUGUGCCCAUCCCAUGGCAACAGGAGAUGAUUGAGACUGGACUGUUUGAAGAGCUCAAUGAUCCCAACAGGAAAGAGGGCGGAGGAGGUUGUGAUGAUGAAAAGAAGUCUGGCACAUGUAUAUUGCUGUGAGCAGCCACAUGUUUGAAACACUAGUAAUAACGUUCACUUUCGUUUUCUCAGUCGCAUGCAAAGUAACACAUGUUAAAAAAAAAAGAAUCAUGUUACGUGAGAGGCGAGUAUCUUUGUUGAGAAAGAUGUACCAGCCCUCUCUCGUAAGGAUGCUCAUGGUUUAGAGAUCAACUGCUCUUGAGGAAAAGUUCAAUACAAUAUGAAAGCCACCAUGAUGUUCAGAGCGUCAUCUCUGUGGUUCACUUGAAGAUAUCUAAUGUUGUAGAUUUGCGACCAUGUUGACCAUAAAUUACAGCUAGUAAUAGGUUUUAAAAGUUUUCAUUAAUGAAACUAGUGCUAGGAGAGUAAGUUAAAGGUCAUUUAACUUGAAAUACUAUUUUACUUUAUCAAAAAACUGUCUAAAUGACUGAAUUAAGAAAUUGAAGGUGUUUGCAGUAUUAUCCACUGAAGCAACAUUGUUGCAUUCGGGACUGUACAUGUAGAAAUUUGAAUUAUUUUCUAGACCUUGAAAUGGUUCAGUUCUAGUGAACUGUGUAAUUGUAGAUUUGGACAGCACUUUCAUGCCAUUUAUUGAUGCCAUCAGAAGGCCACACAAUUUCUGCAAUGAAAAGUGCUUUUUAUCUACAUAUGAAAGAGAUAACUGUAGUGUUUAAUUAAACACUGUGAUCCUAAACCUCACAAUUACACUGUAUUUACAUCCAGGUGGUUAUCCUUCCGAACAACAUUUUAGUUUUGUAAAAACUAUUAAAAGCAUUUGUUGCAAUUGUAUGUAUUGUAAAUAAAGAACUAUAUCUAUAUCUAUGCACAGGGAGAAAGGGAAAGAUAUAUGUUAUUUAAAAUGUAGGAUUAUUGUAAAGAAAAUGAAGAAUACCGAACACCUCUUGACUUAGUCGCUCUACUGUUGGUGCUAUGAGGCUCAGCUUGUGAGAAAUGGAGACUCUAGCCCUGGGAUGUACAGACGAGUGCAGAAAUAGCAGCUCAUUGCUGCACGCGAAGGAGGAAAACUUAGAGGAGUUGGGCAAUAAAUUCCUGUACCAGGAAUGCGCAGGUUGCGCUGUCCAUGACCCUGAAACACUGCAAUGAUUUAGGCCUCUUUUCUUAGUUUGAGAUGAGUGUAAAUAACUCAAACUAGCCAGAUGCUGAAAAAAGUUCCACUGUUUUGGUAUUUGAGCCGAGUCUAGAGACUUGGACAAUAGUUCAAAGAAAAUUCUUGUAAUUCUUGUUUACUUGUCUCAGGGUAAUUAUUUGUUGAAGCUUUUAAAUUUCCAGAUCUUGGGCAGAGUUGAGUUUUUACAGUUAAUGUUAAUAUGAUAUAAAUAUAUGAUACAUGUACUUGUAAAUAUAACAUGAGAGGAAUUGCUAUAAUAGAAAUGUCAGAUGUAAAGCAGUAAUUUCCUUGAAUCUUGAAUCAUGUGAAUAAAUUAAAACAUAUGUCUUUUAAAA